AUGAUGCGCAGUACCGUGCAAACAAUUACCACUGCGGUAGUCCUAGUGCUAAUAGGACCAACUGCAAUAUCGGCGUCUUUCGGUGCUCGUGAUCCACCCCCAAAACCUUUGCGCGAAGCACAGGCAGCAUGUGUGAAAUAUUUAAAUAUCUGCGAAAACCGUCUGGUGCAGUACAAUAACAGCAUCUAUCCGACCGAUCACGACACUAUGUGUAUGAUCCGGUGUGCCGGCAUCAUGGUUGGAUUCUGGGAUGACACGCAAGGAUUCAAAUUGGACGGACUAAUCAACCUGUUCCCUCAGCUGGCUGCAAAUUUCAGCGUUCAGCAGCAAAUUCUAAGUUGUGCUGAACAGCGCAUUGCUGGGUGUCCACCACCAGAUACCUGCGCGAAGGCAUACAACGGAUUCCGCUGCUUUCUAGAGUCACAGAAGAAGGGGUUCGGAGCAAAAGAUACGCUGCCGGAGGAACCCCCCUAUGUCUUCGACGGUCAAGAAUUCAUGCGUUCAUUAUCAAUUUGUGCAAAGAUCCUACGAAUACCUAAGAAUCUGCGAGAACUAUACCAGCAGGGAGUCUUUCCAAAUGACGAGAAAACUCGCAGCUUCGUACGAUGCCUUGGCAUUCGGACCGAACUGUACGACGACGCGCAGGGACCCAACAUCCCGCGACUGUACCGGUUGUUUGGCUCAGGUCAAUCGGAAACGGAGUUCCGCCGGAGAGCUCAAAUAUGCAUGAACGCCAACGAGCCGCUGUUGGAUCCGAAGGACAAAAAUGAUCAAGCGUACGGUAAGCUGUACCGUUGCUUCAGCAAGCAAUUCGGUGCACUCAUCCGGGCCAAUGCCAAUGCCAUGUCGUAG